UCGAGGGGAAAUAAUCGAACUGUCUGCUGUGCUGUUACACGUAGUCGCUUCUCAAAAUCAAAAUCUGCUAAAUUUCUGUCCCAUGUUUUAUUUAACUUAUUUGUUGUUUUUUUAAAGAAAUUGUUUAGGAAAUAUCUUUUCAGGUCUUCAAAAUGCGCGUAUUAGUUGUGUUUAGUAUUUUGCUAGCACUUUCGUGUGGAUUUGUUAGUGCUUGGAGUAAUGAUGAGUAUGAGCUGUUUGAUUUAGUGGAAGAAGUCAACAAAAAUUUUUAUGAGCUUCUUGAAAUACCGAAGGAUGCUGGUGCAACUGAAAUUAGAAAAGCUUUCCGCAAACUUUCGUUAGUUUUGCAUCCUGAUAAAAAUCCUGCUGCAGAUGCAGACGUUAAAUUCCGUCAGCUGGUUGGUGUGUAUGAUGUCAUCAAAGAUGCGGCAAAGAGAAAAAUGUAUGAUGAUAUUUUGGUCAAUGGCCUACCUGAUUGGCGUUCAGCGGUGUAUUACUUUCGCCGUGUCCGCAAAAUGGGUCUUGGAGAAAUGUCUGCCAUAUUGUUUAUAAUUAUAACAAUUGGACAGUAUCUGGUUGGCUGGGGAUCGUAUUUAGAGCAGAAAUUUGUUGCUCAAGAAUUCAUUUCAUCAAAGAUGAAAAAGCAGCAAAAGAAAAGUGUCAAGAAAAUAAAAGGAGAAAACUCUUCAAUAGUAGAUGAGGUCAUGUUAGAUAUACCUACUCCCAGUAUUAAGGACACCCUUCCAUUUCAAAUACCACGUCUCCUAUGGUGGAUUGUGACGAAACUUCCAUUCAUUAUACUAAAUGUUUUGCAAGAAAGGAAACGUCAUCAAGAGGAGCUAAGACUUAUUGAAGAAGAAGAAAGAGCUGAAGCAGAAGCCGCCGCUGCUGCAGCUGCAGAAAGAGCUGAACGAGGACCAAGAAAACGCAAAGGCUUCACAUUACCUGAAGUUUCAUCUGAAGAGAGCAAUGCACAGCUUAGCCAAGCUCAAAUUUUAGCUUUAGCUAGAAAAGAAAUGAAAUUGCAAGUUAAAAAACCUGCCCAAAGUGGAGGCUUGUGGACUGAUGAAGAUAUUGAAAAACUUGUCAAACUAGUGAAAAAGUAUCCAGCUGGGACUUUAGAGCGUUGGGAGAAAAUUGCAGACACCAUGGAGCGAACAGUUCAGGAAGUUACACUCAUGGCCCACAGAGUAAAAGAAGAUGGUUACAAAACACCAAGUCUAGAUAGAAGAGAUAGUGGAGAAGAAAUGCAACAUCUUCUGAAGGCCAAAAAACUCAAAACAAAAGGUGGAAAACAUGGCGACUGGGAACCCACUGAAGCAGAUGCUGACUUUGAAAGCAAGAUGGAAUCAUGGACUCAAGUGCAGCAAAAGGCCCUUGAGGCAGCAUUAAUAAAAUAUCCUAAGGGUUCCACUCAGGAUAGAUGGGAUAAGAUUGCUAAAUGUGUGCCUGAAAAGUCAAAGGAGGAUUGUAUGCAGAGGUUUAAGUACCUUGUUGACAUGCUGAAGAAAAAGAAGGAAAAAGAGGCUGCGAUUGAAGAAGAUUCAAAUCCACCAGAAGAUGUAGUGAAAUCAGAGGAGACUGACAAUGCAGUAGAUCUAUCUGAAAACUUGUCUUCCUGUUAGUGGCUUUAAAAUUUCAAACUGAUGGCUGUGAUUGUUGCCUACAUGCAACAUGUUUUACUUUGACAGUAUUGUAUAUUUUGUAUAUUGGCCAUGUCCAACAAUGGUGCACUGAAAACUUGUCUAUGGAACAUGUUAAAUCUGAUUCUAAAAAAUAAAAUAUUUCUCUUACAA